AUGAAUUGGUUUCUUCUUAAUCUUAUAAUAGUAAUUCUUAUUUCAUCAUCAGCUUGUCUCAAUCCUGUUAUAGGCGUUAUAGAUGACCGAUUGCAGCAGGGAGUCGGGGACCUCGUGAAGAACUUGCCUGGCCAGCCUAAGGUUAGUUUCAAACACUAUGCUGGCUAUGUAAACGUCAACCAGCAAAAUGGAAGAUCGCUCUUCUACUGGUUCUAUGAGGCCUCAACCUUACCAGAAAAGAAACCUUUGGUUCUUUGGCUCAAUGGAGGGCCUGGAUGCUCUUCUGUGGGAUAUGGAGCAACACAAGAGAUAGGACCCUUUAUUGUGGACCCAGAUGGACACACUCUUAAAUUUAACACUUAUGCAUGGAAUCAAGAAGCAAACAUGUUGUUCUUGGAAUCUCCUGUUGGAGUUGGUUUUUCAUAUUCAAAUAUCACUGCUGAUUAUGACAAACUUGGAGAUGACUUUACAGCGAAUGAUUCAUACGCUUUUCUGCAAAAUUGGUUUGUCAAAUUCCCAUCGUAUAGAAACCGGAUCUUUUACAUUGCAGGGGAAAGCUAUGCGGGUAAAUAUGUUCCUGAGCUGGCCGAUUUAAUCCUGAACAAGAACAAGAAUUCCUCUCUAUUCAUCAAUCUCAAGGGUAUCUUGCUUGGAAAUCCGGAAACAUUUGAUGCUGAGGACUGGAAGGGACAGAUGGAUUACGCGUGGAGCCACGCAGUGGUGUCGGAUGAGACCCAUAACACUAUUCAAACCAGUUGCGAUUUCUACAGUAACGACACGUGGAGUAAUAAGGACUGCAAAGAUGCUGUGGAUGAAGUUCUUAAACAAUACAAAGAAAUAGACAUCUACAGUCUCUACACACCAACAUGCUCUUCCCCUGCCACCAUCAUGCUCAACACCAACUCUAAAAUGCUGCCUAGGAUCUUGGGCGGCUACGAUCCUUGUCUGGACAAUUACGCUACCAAAUAUUACAACAGACCCGACGUCCAGAGGGCACUCCAUGUUAGCAGCCAUGGCAUCCAUGUAAAGAACUGGACCAUAUGCAACCAUAAAAUAUUCACCAACUGGCUGGAUUCAAAGGAAUCUGUUCUCCCCAUAUACACCAGGCUUAUUGGGGCCGGUAUGAGAAUAUGGGUUUACAGUGGAGAUACAGACGGGAGGGUCCCUGUGUUAUCGACAAGAUAUAGUUUAAACACUUUAAAACUUCCAAUUACCAAAUCGUGGAGGCCUUGGUAUUACCAGAAGCAGGUGGGCGGUUGGUUCCAAGAAUAUAAAGGGCUCACUUUCGCUACAUUUAGAGGAGCCGGACAUGCGGUGCCCAUUUUCAAUCCGGGAGGUUCGCUCGCCUUCUUUUCAUCCUUUCUUCGAGGAGAAUCUCCUUCUUCUCAGCGAUAA